CCGAAGUUGCAGAACUCACUUAGCCAUCCGAUCACAAUAUAAAUAUAUGCCGAGUGCGCGUGGAGAAAGUGCGAGACAAGUGGCUGAUAAGGCCUUGUCAUGCACAGACUUCUAUGCGUGCGGCAAGUCAUGACGAGAAGCCUCAUUGCAGGCAAAAGUCCUGCAAUUGCCAGGAGGCAAAAGAGCCUGUGCGAAGAGGUUCAGCCGGCAAAGGCAGUGGGGUUGAUGCUGCGAUGGCAGAAGCCAUUGGGGAGGUGCUAGCUGAGAGCUCCACAUGGCUUCACGAUGGGAGAUUGUUUGAGCCGAAAAGCAGGCAGGGCCCUCUGCGUGACAACCGAAGAGGCCGGAAAGGCUCCAGACCACAAGUACAUCCGUGCGAGCGGAUUGCUAUGUUUAUCGUUGUUUUCUUCGUUUUGGUGCUUAUGUCUGCAUUUCUGCAACUGCACUUUCCCAGUUUACUCGAGUUUGGUGCUGAUGGUCGCUCUGAGGUGGGCUUCAAGGACGGCACUGUUCGCUUGGAACUUGUGUUUCCCACUGUCAGGAUUGCAUUGAUGACACCUGCGAGCCUUAGUUCCAGGAUGAGAGGACGCGAUGCAAACUUGUCAGCAAAAGACAUUGCAAAGGGUGAAGUUUGACAACAAAUGUUUGGCAGCAGUUGUUUCGCCGCACCUGCAUUUGAUGUGCUUGGGGUCUUGGGCCGGCUUACCGCAG